AUGCCUGCGCCAAGGGAUGCCGGGACUGCAGCCGAGGGCUAUUCGGCGGCCAUGCAGCGCUGCCCGCCCAACCAGGCGCACCUGGUGGGGGCGCUGGGCGAGCUGCUGCAGGGGGUGCAGGAGGAGUUGAAGCUGCACGACCGCGUAUGCUGCGGUGAGGCGUGGGUGGAGUGGGGCGUGGACCUGUCGCGGCACCAGCAGCCCAACCCCGCCACUCGUGCCUAUGUCGACUUUCUUCACAAGGUGGCGGCUGACCCUCGGCAGGGCGUGGCCGCCAUCCUGGCCGCCAUGGUCCCGUGCCUGCGCCUCUACGCCUACCUGGCCUGCCAGCUGUCCAGGGCUUUCCCCUUUGCUGACCACGAGUACACGGAGUGGAACACGCGCGGCGUGGCCGCUGUGCACGUUGCGCCCGUCGAGUUCAUCCGCGCCCAGAUGGCGGCGGUGCUGGGAGACAUCGGCGCGGAUGUGGUGAAGACUGGGAUGCUUCCCACGCCAGAGGUGGUGGAGGCGGUGGCGCAGGAGCUGCAGGCCCAGGGGCUUGUGAAGCUGGUGGUUGACCCUGUGCUGGUGUCUACAAGCGGCGAUGCGCUGGCCACGGCAGGCGUGGUGGAGGCGAUCAGGGCCCACCUGUUCCCUCUGGCCACAAUCGUGACACCCAACGUGCCAGAGGCCUCCAAGCUGCUAGACGGGAGGAGCAUCGCCGACCUGGAUGGCAUGAAGGCGGCGGCCGAGGAGCUCCACCGCUAUGGCCCGCAGUGGGUACUCAUCAAGGGAGGCCACCUGAUCAGCGAGGCGGGCCAGGGCGGCCUGCCCGAGCUGGAUGCGUGGCCGGAGGGGCUGGCGCCGCAGCGCACCGUCACCGACGUGCUGUUUGAUGGCAAGAACAUGAUCGAGCUGAGCGAGCCGUACAUCAGCACCGGUAACACGCAUGGCACUGGGUGCAGCCUGGCGUCUGCCAUUGCCGCUGAGCUGGCAAAGGGCGCUGACGUGGCGACAGCCGUGCGGCUGGCCAAGAAGUAUGUUUGGCGCAUGCUGGAGCGCAGCCGGGACCUGCCGCUGGGGCAGGGCAGCCAGAAGCCGAUGAACCACGGCUGGGCAAUCGCAGACUGGUCCACAGACCUGGCGGCCGCAGGGGCGGCCGCCGCGGAGCAGAGCGCCGCCGACCAGCUGCCCAGCUGCAGCCACACCGCAGAGGCGGCGCGGGAGCAGGUGCUCGCGGCGGCGGCGCGGGGCACCCGCAUCCCCAACACAUGCGACCUUCGGGUGUAUGCCGUGACAGACCCUGCCUGCAAUGCGCAGCACGGGCGCACCAACGCAGGCGAGUGGCAGGCGGGGCGAGGGCGGCGUAGUGAGGCGGUGCAGCUGGCGCUGGAUGGCGGCGCCACCGUGGUGCAGCUGCGGGAGAAGGAUGCAGAGGGGGGCGCUUUUCUAGAGCAGGUGAACGCGUGCAAUGGUGCUGGCUGUCCCGCCAGCAGCCCCUGUUGCAGCAGCCAGGCUGAAGGCACACUAAGCAGCCAGGCUGCCGCCGUGCUGGAGGUGUGUCGAUCCCGGGGCGUGCCCCUGCUGAUCAACGACCGAGUGGAUGUGGCACUGGCGGUGGGGGCAGACGGCGUGCAUGUGGGGCAGGGCGACCUUCCCGCGGCUGCCGUUCGGCGCAUGAUCGGCCCCGACCGCAUUCUUGGGGUAUCGGGCAAGACGCCAGAGGAGGCGGUGAGGGCGGAGGUGGAGGGGGCAGACUAUCUGGGGGCGGGGGCGGUGUUCCCCACAGGGACCAAGGACUCUGAGGUAAUUGGCGUGCAGCGGCUGGCGGAGGUCUGCCGGGCGGUCAGCAUCCCAGUCGUCUCCAUUGGCGGCAUCAAGGCCAGCAAUGCCGCGGAGACGAUCGCGGCCGGGUGCGCGGGCGCCGCGGUGGUGUCUGGCAUCUUUGGAGCGGACAGCCCCGCCGACGCAAGCCGGGAGCUGCUGGCAGCGGUGGAUGCAGCCCUGGCGCAGCGAGCGGCGCAGCUGGAGCCGUAG